AUGUCCCCAAACUCGACCUCUUCACAAGCCAACAAACCUUUGACAAGAUUAUCCAACAUCAAAGGCCAUAUCAAUAUGGAGGGGUGCAAUCCUACCGUCUUCCACGAUGACAUCGUGCCGCUGGCGCCAGAAGACCCGCUAUUCGGGCUAAUGGCUGCCUAUAAAAAAGAUGACUUUGAUAAGAAGGUUGAUUUGGGUAUUGGAGCUUACCGUGACAACAACGCACAACCAUGGGUACUUCCUGUUGUCAAGAAGGCGGAGGAAUUACUUCGCAAGGAUCCCAAGCUCAAUCACGAAUAUCUGCCAAUCGCUGGUCUUGCCGACUUCACCGUGGCAGCACAAAAGCUCAUCCUGGGAGCAGAUAGCCCCGCCAUAAAGGACAAGCGGGUUGUGUCCCUACAAACUAUUUCCGGGACCGGUGCUGUCCACCUAGGAGGCCUCUUCCUCGCACACUUCUACCCUCGAAACCCCAAACAGCUCUACUUCUCCUCUCCAACGUGGGCCAACCACAAUCAGAUCUUCUCCAACGUCAAGCUCCCAACCAAGUCAUACCCCUAUUUCUCACCUCUUACAAAGGGUCUCGACUUUGAUGGCAUGCGUUCUACGAUUGAGAAAGCUCCUGAAGGCAGCAUCAUUCUUCUACAUGCUUGUGCGCAUAACCCUACUGGUGUUGACCCGACUCGAGAUCAAUGGAAGGAAAUUGCAAAGGUGAUACGAGCAAGAAACCAUUUCCCCUUCUUCGAUUGCGCAUACCAGGGCUUUGCGUCCGGUGACCUCGAGAAUGACGCUUGGGCUGUCCGCUAUUUCGUCUCCGAGGGGUUUGAGCUCUGCAUUGCCCAGUCCUUUGCCAAGAAUUUCGGUCUUUACGCCGAACGGACUGGUGUUUUCCACUUUGUCACGGGCGCUGGUCCAGAUGCUCAGCGCACGAUCGCCCGCAUAGGUUCUCAGCUCACCCUCCUACAACGCAGCGAGAUCAGUAACCCACCUGCUUAUGGGGCUCGCGUAGCCAGUCUUGUUCUGAACGACCCGGAGUUGUUCAAGGAAUGGCAAGCCAAUCUGCGGACUAUGGCUGGCCGUAUUAUCGACAUGCGAAAAGCAUUAAGAUCGAAGUUGGAGGAAUUGAACGGGAAAGAGGGCAGCUGGAAGCAUAUCACGGAUCAGAUUGGCAUGUUCAGCUUCACAGGCUUGACUGAGAAGCAGGCAGUGAAGGUCAAGGAUGAUGCACAUGUCUACAUGACGAAGAAUGGGAGGAUCAGUAUGGCAGGGCUGAACACGGGCAAUGUCGACUACACGGCCAAGGCCAUCGAUAAGGUCGUGAGGGACACAGAGUAA